UUCGUUCAUUUGAUAUUGUAAUACAUGCGUGAAGAGAUAGAGACCCAGUCUAACUUGAAGGCAAGAAAUUUCUGAUUGAUUCGAUUGAUGAAGAAUGCUUGAUGAUCCCAUACUUUGCAUAACUAUUUAGAAUUUACACCGCUUUACCCUUCGCGUAUGAUAUUGUCAUUAUUGAUACUUUUGAUGGAUUCUUUACUCUGUCUUACACCGAGUCUCACUUGCUCUCUAUUUCCGAAUUUCGUAUCGUAGCCCUAAGCCUAAGGCGAGGGGGGACUGAUAAAAAACUUUUAGUGGCCAACGACAGGUGUCGCUGGGAUUUGUUUAUAAGAUGGCAAGUGGAGAGGACGUAGAAAUACCAGAGACCGGUGCAGUAUUCACGUAUGGGAAAAGUCGCUUCGCUGACAACAACCCGGGAAAGUUCUGGAUCCGGAAGGACCUGGUCAAGCAGGUGACCUGCGGCGAUGAACACACUGCUCUAAUUACAGCGCUAAAGGGAAACAAAGUGACACAGGUGUGCUGUGGGCGGAGUCACACGCUCGUCACGACAGAUAAUGGCGUCGUGCACGCGUUCGGAGCGAAUGGCGACGGACAGCUAGGCGUCGGCGACACGGCGGACCGCGACGCUCCGACCCAGAUCACCGCUCUGCGUGGCGCCCUCAUCACCGCGCUGGCAGGGGGCGCUGAGCACUCUGCCGCGCUCACAGAGGAGGGGGAGUGGUCGGGUGGGCUUAGGGAAGGAUUGCUAGAGGUGACGGGGCUGCUCUACGGAGGUGACCACUAA